UAUAUAUACUUUCAUAAAUAUAUAGAUUCAUAGAUAGAUAGAUAUAUAUAGACAUUAAUAGAAUAGAUAGAAAUGGAGGCUCCACAGAAGAGAUGCCGUAAAUCUGUGGUGUGGGAGCAUUUCCAUUUGGAAACCCCAAAUAAAGUGAGAUGUAUGUAUUGUGAUAGGCAGCUAGCCUACUUCAACAAUACAUCAUCCAUGAUGCGCCAUUUGAGGAGCACUCAUCCUGCCAUUUUGCAGUGUGCAGAGGAUGGUAACAUUCCCCCUGUACCUAGGCCUGCUACUGACACUGCUGGGCCAUCUAAACAAGGCAGACAGAGGGAAUUGGAUGAGGCUCUUGUAGACAUGGUGGUAAAGGAUUUGCAGCCCUUCACUAUCGUGGAGGAUGAGGGUUUCAUGGCUUUUGUGAACAAACUUGAUCCAAGCUAUGUCCUCCCAUCCCGGAAGGCACUUAAAACGAUGGUAACCGAAAGGUACAACAUUUCUAAGGAGAAGACAAUGGAGGACCUAAAAAAGGCAGAUUUUGUUAGCCUUACAGCUGACAUGUGGUCCUCCAUUAAUAUGGACGGAUACCUUGGUGUUACUUGCCACUACAUAACACCAGAGGCAAAGCUGGCAACUGUUGUACUGGGUGUAAGGAGGUUUUACCAAACACACACAGCCCAGCAUCUCAUGGAGGCUAAAGCUUUGCUAAUGGCCGAGUGGGGAAUAACCACCAAAGUUCAGUGUAUGGUGACUGAUAAUGCAUCCAACAUGAUCUUAAGUGCCCAGCUACUGAACCUUCGGCAUGUCCCAUGUUUUGCCCACAAUUUAAAUUUAAUUGUAAAAAAGGCCCUAGAUCAAACCCCACUCAUCAAUGAAAUACGACAGAAAGCCAGAAAGAUAGUGGGGUUAUUUAGAUCCAGCUGCAAAGCAAAGGACAAGCUUGUGGAGAUGCAGGGCUUGAUGGGCAGACCAGCUCUGAAACUGAUGCAGGAGGUGGACACAAGAUGGAACAGCACUUACGACAUGUUGCAGCGCUUGUAUGAGCAACGAGAGCCAGUGGGUGCAGAGCAGCGCUAUCAAAUUUAAACAGUGAUACUGCUCCGCUGACAAGUUUUGAGUAUAACAUUAUACAAGAAUCAUUGUCACUACUGCAGCCUUUCAAACUCGCAACGACAGAGUUGUCAGAGGAACAGAGAGUGUCUGCUUCAAAGCUCAUACCACUUUACAGGAUGUUGCAGCACAAGCUAUCGCAGAAAAAAGGCCAAUCAGCACAGGAAUCAACUGCACAAUUAGGCACACACCUGCAAGAAGGUCUGCACUCAAGAUGUGGUGGGUAC